AUGUCUGACAAUCAAGUGGUAAAGACAGGUCUAUUAAAAAUGAAUGUGGAUUCCUUGGUAUCUGUUUUACCUCCAGAGCUAAGCGGUAAAGUAACAGAAUGGCUCAAUAAUGACCAAAACGAGCAUACGAGAAGAGAGAUUCUAGAUCUGGUUCAGGCCCAAUCUUGGACUGAACUGCAUAAGCGAUUGGAUACGAGGAUAGCGUUUGGAACAGCUGGUCUACGCUCCAAAAUGGAGGCUGGUUUUAGCCGUAUGAACACCUUGACUGUCUUGCAGGCAUCUCAAGGUCUCGCGAAGUAUAUUUCAGAUAAGUUUCCCGAAAACAAAUCUGUUGUCAUUGGCCAUGAUCACAGAUUCAAUUCCGAUAGCUUUGCUCAAGUGACAAUUGCUGCCUUUCUGCAACUAGGAUUUAAAGUGUAUGAUCUAUGUUCCUGCAGUCGUGCUGGCGAAGAGAACAUAUUUGUACACACACCACUGGUCCCCUUUUCUAUUGAUCGGCUGGGCUGUUCAGCUGGAGUAAUGAUAACCGCAAGUCAUAAUCCUAAACUCGACAAUGGCUACAAAGUCUACUACGCCAACGGGUGUCAAAUCAUUCCGCCCCAUGACACGUUGAUUGCACAAUCAAUAGAAGCAAAUUUGCAGCCUUGGGCAGAAGCCUGGAACUGCGCUACUAUGCUUACGAAUGCCCUGAAAACAGGCCAGCUUGUAGAUUCAAAAGCCACCAUGGUUGAGCAGUACACGGAAGCUGUGUGCAGCCGGUUAGUUACCACGACCAUACGGACUUCUGGUAGCACAGAUCCGUGGUUUGUGUAUACUCCUAUGCACGGCGUAGGAUUUGAGAUUUUCAGCAAGGUAGUUAAAAAAGCUUGGAAUUUACAGGAAAAUGUCGAUUACCUCUGCGUGCCUGAGCAAAAAUGUCCAGACCCAGAGUUCCCCACUGUUAGUUUUCCCAAUCCAGAGGAAAAAGGUGCUUUUGAUUUAGGAAUUGCUUUGGCUGAGGCCAGCGGGAUUUCAUUUGUUUUAGGGAAUGACCCCGACGCAGAUAGGUUUUCAGCAGCUGUUAAAGUCCAUGGGAAAUGGAAGCAGCUAACCGGAAAUGAGUUAGGAUUCCUUUUUGCCAAUCGCGUUUGGCAGGUAUACAAUGACCAACCCAUCGAGUUCAAAGAAUGCAACCCGAAUCUUGCUCUCAUAAACUCCACAGUAUCCUCUCAAAUGAUCAAAAAAAUGGCAGAGGUCGAGAAAUUCCACUUCGAGGAUACUCUGACUGGGUUCAAAUGGCUGGGUAAUAGAGCCCGAGGGCUGGAAAAAGAAGGUUAUUAUGUCCCAUUUGCUUAUGAGGAGGCGAUUGGAUUUAUGUUUUCGGAUAUCGUUCACGACAAGGACGGCAUUGGCGCGCUCGUGAUGUUUCUGCAGAUGAUCUGGGACUGGAAAAACCAGGGUUUAUCGCCUGUUGACCUUUUGAAAGACGGAUUUGCUCGUUAUGGUGUGUUUCAAGAGUACAAUGGCUACUACAUUGUGCCGGACUUGUCGUUAACAAAUACUGUUUUUACAGAAAUUCGGCACAGCUACCAAAAGGACGGAUUGAAGUUUCCGGCCAAACUUGGUGACGACUUUGAAUUUGUCACAUUUACUGAUUUGACUACCGGGUAUCAAUCAGACACCAGUGACAACCUUCCCAGGCUCCCCGUGGAUCAUUCCUCCCAAAUGAUUUCGGCCACUUUGCGUCCUAACAAUAGUGGCUUUUCAUCAACGGAUUCAGUCAGGUUUACAGCAAGAGGCUCGGGAACUGAGCCUAAACUUAAAGUCUACAUUGAAGCUAUGUCUUCGACUAAGGAACGUUCAAAAACUCUUGCUAAAGAGGUUUGGGACGCUUUAAAAAUUUACUGGUUCAGGCCGGAUCAAACAGGACUGACAACAACUUUCUGA